AUGGUGUGUAUUGUGCUCUCAACAAUAGAUCCAUGCCUGAUUGCUCAAUCGCGCCCAUCUCGCGCGUCUGCGGCGUUACAGGCCUCCCAAUCCGGCGUCGGCGUGAGCCCUGACUGCCUUUCGGCAUACCAGAACCUCAAGCUCGGGAAGAAAAUCAAGUACAUCGUCUUCACGCUCAACUCGACCAACACGGAGAUCAUCGUCGAGAAGGAGUCUCAGUCUAACGAUUACGACGAAUUCCUCAGCAACCUUCCCGAGACAGAGCCCAGAUGGGCCGUUUACGAUUUUGAGUAUGAGAAAGAGGGAGCGGGCAAGAGGAACAAGAUCACAUUCUUCUCUUGGUCUCCGGAUGACUCUAAGAUCAAGCAGAAGAUGCUGUUCGCCUCAUCGAAGGAUGCUCUUCGACGUUCCCUCGUUGGUAUCGCUGCUGAAAUUCAGGGAACUGAUUACAGUGAGGUCGCAUAUGAGAGUGUGCUGGACAAGGUUUCCCGAGGUGCUUGA